GGAGGAGAGAGGUAGGGGCCUGGGUCUCCCCCGACACUGUUCUGAGGGUUCUCUCGGGGGCUCCUGCAGCCUUAGAGGGGGUGGAGUCUGAAGAGGAGGUGGCACAAGGUGGACGGAGGUGCCGUGCCGCGAGCUCCAGUUCCUAAACUGAGAGGAUAGGGGAGCCAGGUUCCAGCCCCUUUCUGUACCCCAGCCUCUCCCCGUACUGCCCCCACAGGCCCUGCAGUUCCCACUGGCCAUGAACCAGGCGUUGGAGAGGGCGUGAAACUUCAGAAGCCAGGUAAGCCCUUCCCACUCCUCACUCUCCCUGCCCGCAGAAACUGCCUACCCUUCCACUCUUUUCCCCUCCCAAGCCGCACCCUGUCUCCCCAGGGUGCAAGAAUGGGCUGGAGCUGGAGCCUUCCUGUGGGAAGGAGCCCAGCCAGGUGAGGGAGGUUGGUGGGAACUGGAGGAGAGGGGAAGGAGGACGGGCUCCAAGGGGCAGAGGUAGGUCUCAGAAGGAGAGGGGUGGGGUCGGCCUGUCCAUCAUUCUCCAUGGGUCUCUGGACUGGGAGGGAGCCAGAAACCUCCAAAGCUGAGUUCCUCUCUGCCCCUCUUCCUGCCUCCUCCAAGGUCCCUCACUCCAAACCCGCCCUCAUGCCCUGCUCUCCCUCCCAGGAUACACACCAGGGACCCGGCUGGGGCUCCUGCCAGGCCUGCCAGGGACUAUGAAGCCUCAGAAGCCAGGCGAGUGGUGGACCCGUGGCUCUGCCCCACACCUCCUUCUGCCUCUCAGCCCUUCUAGCCCCUCCCCCCAGUGUUGCCACACUCAUCUCUGCUUUCCCUCUCUAGGAUAUGGCCAUGAUAAUGGGCCCCAGCCAGGUCCCUGCAAUGCGAGGGUCACUCUGAAGCUCCUUCCCAGGCUUCCCACUCCAGGGGUCCCUUGGGACAAAGAGGGUGGCUGGGGCCUGAAAUCCCAGCCCCAACCUGCAGUGCAGAAUGGCAAGUUCCCAGCACCGAUGCCAGCCAUCCAGUGGGGACUGCAACCUCAGAAAGCAGGGCACCAGCCUCCAAAUGGCUAUGGACCAGGAGCAGAACCGGGUUUUAAUGGUGGCCUCCAGCCACAGAAAAUUGGUGUUGGUUAUGGGAAUGCUGUCCUGGGAGCCAGGGUCUUCCCCGAGGCCCACGCACAGCCAGAGUUCCCUGGGGCCAGAGGUUUUAGGAAUGGGGAUGAGGCAGAAGCUCUGGUGUACCCCAAAGCAGGAGCUCCAGCCCCUGAAGGAAAUGUGCAGGCCCGGGUGCUGUGGGACUCUCCCUGGCCCACCCUUCAGGCCUGGGGGGCUGGCUUGAAGCCUGGAUAUCAGGCUGGAGGUGAAUAUGCUGAGGUCGGGAGCCAGCCAGGGGGCCCUGAGGUGAAGAGAGGCAGCAACGGCCAGCUGGGGAACGGCUACGGAGGCCACUGCCCUCUGGGGAAAUGCUGAGCACUGCAGUGCCCCUGCGGGUCCUGAGGGCCUCUGCCUCACACCUUAGCCUGCCCAGCAACGAAGACAGACCCUCAGGCUUGGAGUCCGGUGCCUCCUGGCCGUCAACCUCCUCCGUGCUAGCACCACAAACACGCUUCCCUGCUUGCCUCUGCGUGCCAUGCAAGGGGCUUGCUGACCAGGGUGGGAGUGGCAUGGGCCUGCAGCCACUGCCCAGUACCUCAUUCAUUCAUUCGACAAACAUCAAUGAGGUCAUGUGCCAGGGACCAUGUUCCCAAUAGGAGAAACCAUGAGAAGCAAACAGACUCCAUCGACACCUGCCCUCAGGGAGGGCAUCACUUGGUCACCGCCUAGUGGGGGAACCACAUCCAAGUUAGGGGACUUAUGCAUGGAAAAGAACACUUCAUUCUUUGCGUUUUAAUUUAUAAUCGAUUUGUUAAAGUUGUUAGAUAAAAAUCUCAUUCUCCUUAAGCCUUUAUAGUGGCCUUCCAGAUAUGGUAUUGACUAAUAAUUUUGAAAAUUGUAAAAUUCACUUUCACAUUUUUUGAUGAAUGAUCAUUAGAUUAUAAAUUUCACAGCUUGGCCAGGCAUGGUAGGUCACACCUGUAAUCCCAGUAUUUUGGGAGGUUGAGGUAGGAGGAUUGCUUGAGCCUACAAUUUUAAGACCAGCCUGGGCAAUAUAAAAAAUAAAUAAGUAAAUCAAAACAAAUAUGAAUUUCACAUCUUGAUUUUUCCCUAAAUAUUUUGCAUGCCUUAAAUGCAUGCCCCAUCUCCUUAAAAAAUAAAU